GGAAAUGUCAGUUUGAUAAGGACCUUUUUUUUCUCAUUGCCACCACCCCCCACCCACCCCCACCCUCCAUCAUCACCACCGCCACCACCACCACCACCUCCUUCCCCCAAACCCCCACCCACCCCACCCCCAUCUACUCCGGCUCAACAAAUUCAGCGGCAGCUAUGUCAUGUUCGGAGAAUUCCGCAUCUCGUUCGUUCUCAGUGAGUGCUUUAAUUUGCUCCGGCCAGACUCAACCUUACUGCCCCGGGGGUUAUUUGUCCCCUAGGACGGACCAGGGCUACGGUACCCAGAGCUGUCACCCAAAAGACGCCGGGAAGAGCCAACAACAAGGUCUAAGUCUGGUUCCACAUCAGUACGUGCCAGGCAUGGCGGGGUGGGCGACGCCACCUCCAUCGGGCCACACCGGCCGACUUCAACAGUUGGGUGCUUACUCCUUCCCGUCCGGCGUGAAGGAGGAGACCAGCUAUUGUUUACUAGACGGGGACAAGCGCACGAAGGCGGCCGCGGAGGUCUCUGUGUACCCGAGAGCAGUCUCUGAAACGUGCGCCAGGGCCCCCGCUGUCCCGGUCUACUUCCGCUCGGAACCGAGCUACACGCCGAACAAACCAGCGGAUUACAGCCCCCCGCGGCCGGCCGCCGCUCCCUGUUCGGCCCCGUCCAGCGCCGCCUUCGCACAGCCCUUCGCCACGUCGUCCUCGUCGGAUGCAGGUGAAAGGCCCGUGAAAAUGCGCGGCUCAACCGACCCCGGGAAGCACACGGAGGGAAGAGGGUGUGACUUUGCACCCGAGGCGCCCACUUUAGAGUUUCCUGCCGCCGAACGAGCUCUCCACAAGAAACAGACCAAAGAAAGCCCGAAGGCCGAGAAUACGAUAAACUGGAUGACGGCAAAGGGGGGACGCAAGAAGCGUUGCCCCUACACCAAACAUCAGACGCUGGAGCUGGAGAAGGAGUUUCUGUUUAACAUGUACUUGACUCGAGAGCGCCGCCUGGAGAUCUGUCGGAGUGUGAACCUUACCGACAGACAGGUCAAAAUCUGGUUCCAGAACAGAAGAAUGAAGCUGAAAAAGAUGAGCCGGGAGCACAGAAUUCGGGAAUUAUCAACCGCAUUUCCCAUCUGACGAAGCCGUUGUGGUUUUCUUUUCUUUUUAAUUUAAGGACGAUACUG